ACUGAUUACUUAAAUUUUGGGCCAGCAUUUUUGGAUUCACCCACACUAGACUAGCUUGAAACCAACCGGACGAUGGAGCUUUUGGUAUCUCCUAAAUCAAGUCUUCCGGCAGCGGAAGAGCUGGACUCCCGGAGGAGGGAUAGUGGCAGUUCGGGAAUUGUUAAUCCGGUGGCCGGAUUUGAGCUGGAUCUGGACUCUAGUAGUGUGAUCAGCGAUAUCACCAAAAUGCCACGCGUUCCAGGUGAUGGGGCUCAGGCCGAUGAGGAUGUGGAUAGUGCCCAUCAUCAUGUUGUUUGCUCAAGGUUGGAGGUCGUCCAAACGUGUGACAGGUUAGCUGGGAAUGGGCCUGGAUUGGCCACCGUUGAACCGAAGGAAACGAGCAAGUUGGACCAUCAGGUGCUGUUACAGAAAAGCAACGGAGAUUUGCGACCGUGCAAUAGUUUGAUGGUGUGUCAAGACAACAAGCAACGUCCCAAUGGCGUAACGACACCCGUGUUAACGAUGGAGGAUGCCAACGGAAAGUGCAUUGGCAGCAUUUCAUCACCGCCACCUGGUGGAGGAGGAGGAGGAGAAAACGAGUCUAAUGGAGGUGGGCCAGACGCUUCAGAAACCGAUCGAGGUGGGGCUGACGACGGGAACCAGAAUAAUAACAACAACAACAACGGCAACCUGCCACCGCACUGUAGCAGCACCUAUUCGGCCUUCAAGCGGGGCAAUGUCAUCAAGGGCAUCCUGUGUCCGUCGAUGACCAACUCCUUCCGGGCCCCGUCCCUGGAACGAUCCUAUCUGACCUAUUCCCACCGGCAGCGCCAGAAAUCGCUCAUCCUGGUCAACGUGGUCGACUUGGUGCUCAAAAUUGUCCUAGCCUCGGUUUGGAUCGGUUUCAAUCAUCCUACGACUAUCCAAGCACACGAAAUCACCUGGUCCGUGUGCUGUGUGAUAUCGAACUUCCUGAUCUGUGUGCUGGGAAGCUGGCGACUGUUCGCCAACAAUUAUCUCCAUUGGGCUGCCGUCUGCACUUGGUUGCUGCUCAAUCUUCAAGGUUUCGUCGGCGAAGGCUUAGGCUUUGCCGAACGGGAGUACCUGAUCUGGUACGUGCUGUUCAUCAUCUUUGUUCCGUAUGCGAUGCUUCCACUUCCGCUCAAGUGGUGCAUGAUUGCCGGAUCGGUUUCAGCCGUGUGUCACCUGAUCGUGACCACCAUCAACAAGUUCCUGCAUGAAACGGACACAACCUGCAUCAUCCGGCAGAUGAUUGCCAACUCGUUGCUGUAUCUGGCCAUUAAUUUUGCCGGAAUGUACACCAAAUAUCUAACGGAUCGGGGCCAACGGUUGGCGUUCAUCGAAACCCACAAGGCCAUGGAGCACAAACGGGAAUCAGAAAAGGAAUAUCAAAGGACUCAACGUUUGCUGGAUUCAAUCCUUCCGAUGUUCGUGAACAACGACAUUCGCAAGGAGAUGUACAAAUCGCCGGAACAGCAGGCUGCGCAGGUCGACACCCAGUUCAAGAAGCUUUAUAUCUAUCACAUGGAGAACGUUAGCAUCCUGUUUGCUGAUAUCAAGGGGUUUACGGAGCUAGCCAGCAAAACUUCGGCACAACAGUUGGUUAAGAUUCUGAACGAUUUAUUUGCGCGGUUUGACAAGAUUGCAGAGGACAAUCACUGUUUGCGGAUCAAGUUGUUGGGGGAUUGCUAUUAUUGCGUGUCGAUGUUCGAUAGCCAGAGCUGGAAGAGUAGACCGGAUCAUGCGGUUUGCAGUGUGGAGACAGGGCUGCACAUGAUCAAGGCGAUCAAAGACGUUAGAAUGCAGACGAAUGUGGCGGAUUUGGAUAUGCGGAUAGGAAUUCACAGCGGUUCGGUGAUGUGUGGUGUAUUGGGAGAGAAGAAGUGGCACUUUGACGUGUGGUCAAACGACGUAAUCAUAGCCAAUCACAUGGAAUCGGGAGGGGUUCCUGGAAGGGUUCAUAUAUCAGAGGCGACUCUGAACUGUUUGAACGAUACGUACGAGGUGGAACCGGGUAAUGGAGCAGCUCGCGAUAGUCAUCUGAAGAUGUCCAACAUAAAAACAUAUCUUAUCAAACGCACCGAGCCACUACGUCCACGGAAGAGACUGAUGAACCGGAUGAGCACGAUGCAGUUCGAGAAAGAGGCAAUGAACAAAAUCAUGGAUCUGAAGAUGCGGAAAGAUUCGAAGACGCCCAGCGUAGCUUCCAGUGGAAUGAACAAUAACCAUAUCACCAAGCGAAGUUCGAAGUCGACGAUUCACGAGGAUGAAACGACAACCGAUUGGACACCGGAGAUACCGUUUAGAAACUUGAACCAAGCGGUUGGAGACAAUGCUGCGGAUAAUUCAAGAGACAAACAGUGCUACGAUCUGGAGGACAAUGUGCCAUCAUCCGAGGAGGUUGACGAGAUAAUCGACCAGAAUAUACAGAUCAAUUCAAACAAGCAGAUGCGAAUGGAGUAUUUGUACACCUGGACGUUGAAGUUCAAAGAUACUACGCAAGAAGGUUCGUUUUGUCAACUUCGUGAGGAUAUGUUUCGAUCCAAUAUGCUAUGCGUCUACGUGGUUUGGGUUUUUAUUGUACUGUGCCAAGCUGUGAUUAUUCCGAAAUGUACGAUCCUUAUUGUAUCGUUAUCGAUUACUACUUUUAUCCUAACGAUAGGUUGUAUACUGGUGAUGGCUGAAGAAUUUUCAAUUCUACCAACGUUCUUGCAGAAGAGCUCUUCAACACUGGUGCACGAUCGAAAGAGUCGUACAUUGUUUGUUUGUAUAACGAUUAUCCUGAUGUCGGCAGCAUGUUCCAUGGGAUUAAUCAUGUGUAACCUGAAUGAACAUCAAACAAACGGAAAAUCCAUGGCCAAAGAACCUGCCUACGCUUAUCUUCAAACGGCGGGAUCCAAACAAGAGGUUCAACUCAAUCUAACAGUAACAGCAACCAUAAACCAAAACAUGAUCUACAAUUCGAAUCACGUUGUAAACGUUGACUUGGAAGCUUUACUGAACGAACACAACAUCCCAGUAACAGACCCAGAUGAACCUGCAGUAUUGAACAUUCCUGGUGGCUACAAAGCGUAUACUUUAAACACAACUAAUCAAGACCUACCCAUCGAUCUUCCAACCACAAAAAUUCCACCUCAUCCCGUUUCUUCCCCGGAUGCCACACAACCUGUGUGUGUCCACCCCGAAUACGUCGUCUUCACCUGGGUUCUCUGCUUAAUAUCGCUGGCCACAGCCCUAAAACUGUAUUACCUGGUCAAAACCUUCAUGGCCAUCGUAAUGGUAGCCUGCUACUCGAUCCUGAUUCUACUAGUCUUCAACGAGGUGUUCGAAACCUACGACACCCAGUUCAUGCAAGCCAGCGGUAUGCCUCUGGCAGCUCAGAUGAUGAUUCUACUCGGGGUCUUCCUAACCAUGGUAACCUAUCACGCCCGGCUAGUCGAGGUAACCUCUCGGCUAGACUUUAUCUGGAAAGAACAGGCCGAAAAGGAGCUCUCGAACAUGAAGUCCAACCGGCACCUCAACGACCUGCUGAUCAAGAACAUUCUACCGGAUCACGUGGCUUCCUACUACCUUUCGGAGGAACGAACCGACGAACUGUACGCGCAGAUGCACGAGCUUUGCGGAGUGAUGUUCGCCUCGAUUCCCAACUUCAAAGACUUCUACUCGGAGGACAUUGAAAACGGAAAGGCCUGCAUCCGUAUUCUGAACGAAAUCAUUUCGGACUUUGAUUCGCUGCUUGAGGAGGCUCGCUUUGCCACCGUUGAGAAGAUCAAAACCGUUGGAGCCACCUACAUGGCUGCGUCGAAUCUUCGGUGUGGUAAUAAGGCCGUAGUAGACGAACAGGACGAAGAAGCUGUCUGUGAUUUGGUCGAAUUCGCAUUGGCUAUGCGGCAGAAGCUGCAAGAGGUCAACAAGGAUGCCUUCAAUACGUUCCAGCUUCGGGUUGGCAUCAGUAGUGGCCCACUGGUUAGUGGAGUUAUCGGAGCUCGGAAGCCUGUGUACGACAUUUGGGGUAACACGGUAAACGUGGCGUCUCGAAUGGACUCCACGGGUGAGAACUGGAAAGUCCAAGUCCCGGACUACACUGCGCAGCUUUUGCAGACCAAAGGGUAUACUUGUGUGCAACGUGGCGAGGUCAACGUCAAAGGCAAGGGGCUAAUGAUGACCUACUGGGUCCUGGGGAAGAACGUUUCCGCUAGUCAAUUAACGUCUCCGGCCUUGAUGCCUGCCGGUGUACCACAGGUUACGACACCCUCGUUGCAACGGCAAACUUCGCAGCAUAGCUCACUAGCGGCGGUAGUUUUCGGGAUGAUGCAAGCCUCCAAAAGAAGCAAUCUCAACACAACACCCAACGCAACGCCCUCGCCGAGGUCGCGGUUCGGGCGACGGGGAAGCACAUUCAGCUCGGUGAGGCUGAACCAUCAGAAGGCAGCGCAGUCUAAUAAUCCGAUUCGGAGGAACACGACCCGGGUGCGGGGCCGUAGCUACACUAUGAAGAAGCCCACGAUACCGCAUUCACCUUCGAUCCCGAUACCACAGCCCAUCUGCAGCGGUUCCAGCCCCGAAAAUAUUGUGAUACCAUCCUUCCGGCAGCUGCAUCCGAACAACGUGAAAGAGGAACAAACUGGAGUGUAGAGACAGGGCGAGGGAGGCGCCUUUAUCGUUUGGGAAAAUCCACCGGCCAGCGGCACCCAUGUGGCCGAAUCAUCUGGGAACUGAGUUAGUUAAGCGAAAAAAACUGUGAGAAUAAGUUUAGGAAAGUUAUAGAAAGACGGAUUAAUCGAAUGAGGAUUCCAGCUGUUAGAAAACUCUUCUAAGACCAUCUUCAAUUUUUUUAUUAUAGUAAACUGUCAUACAGUCAUCUUCUACGUUUUCACGGUUUUAGCAGAUAGUUGAAAUUUCGACUUAUAGUUUCAACAAAACUUAUUUUUUUCCUAAGUUUGAACUGUCAUAAACGCGUCAACGGAAUCCGUCUCAAAAGCUAGUCUUGCAGUGAAAUUCCUUUUAACUAAGUCCUCACAUCAUUGCUGUUUUAACUAAAACUGUGAAAGAUUGUAUGAAAAAAUAAGUUUUAGCCAAAUAAAAAUCUAGUCAAUGAACCUUCCCAUCUUUUGAAAGAACGAAAACAGAAACCGUACCAAAAGUUAUGCACAAAUUUGGUAUUCGUCAGUCUGAGAAUAAGCCAAACAGAAUACUGUUUUGAAAGAUUGCACAAGUAAAAUCUAUUACAAUUUACGAUAAAAAGAAAAUCAAUUGAAUCAAAGACAUUUUUAAACUAAACUAUUAACUUAAAUUCACUAAAAGCAAAAAAAAAUCCUUUGUAUUUGUACUUAAAACAAAAUAGUUGCAAUGCAAACUAAACCAGUUAGAAGUAAGAAGUAGAUCGAAAUCAAACGGAAACAAAAUAAGUAGAGAAAACAAUACACCUAAAUGUGAUUCUAAACGUGAACUUUAUCUUUCGGUUCAAGUUCUUACACUACUAUACAUUACAUUAUGAUUGAAGAAAUCUACUUGUGUCGAAGGAAAAGUUUAGACUAAAGUGUUUUGUCAGAUAUGACAGGAAAAUAAAUCAGAACGAGAAAGUGCGGUACUGUUAAACUGGAUAAAAAAAUGUUAUGCCAAAAUUGUGGAAUAAAAGAA